GUUCUGUAAUUCGCAUUGAAUUUUGACAGAUGGCGGGAAAAUAUGUCAUUGGUGAUUCGGAAAGCGAACAACCCAGGUUCUUGUAGAGAGGACUAACAGUCCAGAAAAGCUUCUUAUAGACCACAGUAAAAUGGAUUCAGGCUUAGAAGAAAAAGGAUCAAACAAUAGUUCAGGUUCUGAAACACCUAUGGAUACAGCUGAAGGUUCAAGUGACUCCAAAAGUCCUAAACGUAGUAAAAAUGAUAAGGUACUAGAUUCUGACUCUAGUAGUCCAUGGUCUGACUUUCCCAGCUUGAGUGAAGAUGAUUCAUCUGAGGAAGAAGACAUUGAGGAAGGUGAACGCACAAGUCAGAUUCAACUGGACAGAUUGUUCUGGUAUCUUUAUUCUAGGUUAUUGAAAGAUAAAACAUGUUUAAAUGACAUUUACACAGACCUUUUUGCUAAUCCUGGACUUUAUGACAAGUUUAAAUUCAUCAAGAAAAUCAUGAAUGCUUGUGAGUUUGGACCAACCUUUGAUACUUUUUGUUUUUCCCUGCCAAGGCCAGAUAAUAUGGAGAACGAUUUCAGAAGAGCUGUUCACAGCAUGAAAGAGCUUCUAAAGAAGUGUCAAGAUGGGUCUGUUACAACAACUUGUAUGAAUUCUUUAGAUUUUCCUUCGGAGUCAUCCAAACAAAUGGCGGAAAAAUUAUUGCAGAAGUUAAAGAAGAAACUUGAAAGAGAACCAGUUGAACAACCCAAACAAGAUAAAGCUCUUCGUGAACAAACAAAGAAGGCUGAACAAAUCACAGAUAAGGGGGUCAAUGGUACUAAAAAUGAUGAUCAGGACACAAGUUUUAAAGAAAAAGCUUCCUCCAAUGCAUCAAAUACAAGUAAAAAAGAAACCAGUUCCAAAAAUAAUACUAGUUGCAAGGAAGACAAUACCAGUCAAAAGGCCGCAAAUUCUCAGGAUCAAGAAAAGAAGGUAAAUGGUUCUAAAACAAAUGCUGGUUCCUAUUCUGAAAAUGAUGAUCUAAAGGACACCAGUUCUAAAGAAAAAGCUACAUCCAAAGCAUCAAAAACUAGUAAAAAAGAAACCAGUUCCAAAAAUAAUACUAGUUCCAAGGAAGAUAAUGCCAGUCAAAAGGCCACCAGUUCUAAGGAUCAAGAUAAGCAGACACCAGAUGAUCCAGAUGCAGAACAUGAUCAGAACGAGGAAAGCAUAGACGAAAACCAGGAGGAGCACAAUGAUUCAGACUGGGAUUAUUAUGGAGCUGAAGAGGAGUUUGAUGAACUUACAGAGGAUCAAAAAAUAAAUAAGAUUCUUGCAAAUAGCUUCCCACAUAAUAUAAUUUAUUUGCUGUCGGAUGGAAAAACAGAUAUUAUACCAUCUUGGUGUGGUCAGAUACAGGUUCUUGUCAAUCCUGUCAAUAAAAUAUUGUCCUUUUUGAUGUAUGAUUAUGUACCAUUGUAUCCAGAUGAUAUAAGAGGAGCGAUAUUAAAUGGAAUGUCAGCACCAGUUGUCCGUAGAAACAUUGCUAAGGAACUUGAGAAGUUUGAAUGUUGCAGACUGUUAAGGAUGGAUGUUCCACUAAAAAGCUUGGAAGAAUUGUUUGUAGUUCAGCCAAAUGAUAGGGAGUUCCUCAUAUAUUCAAAAUUGACUCCUCCUGCAAAAUUUUAUCAGAGAUAUAUCAGUGUCAGUUGCAGGGAUGGAAAUAAUUGGAGUGAAAGGCAGCCAUUUUUACCUUUUGAAGGUCAUUCGUUUUCCGAUUGUUCAAGAAAGUAUAUGCUCAUUUUUGGUGGAGAAGUUUCAGAGAUGUCAGACAUCAUGGCACAGAUAAUUGCAUGUAGACCAGAACAAAAAAUAUGUACUGAACCAAAGGGAAAAAUUACUAUGGUGGAUCUAAUAGAAAAAUUAAAUGAAAAUGAUGAUCCAGAAAAUUCCAGUGCAAUUAACACUCACUCUAGAGAGGAGGAGACUGAGCAUCAAAAUAUAGAUGUUAAUAUAAGGCACAGGAACAAUAUAUUGGACAUGUUGAUUAAGUACGAAAUUAUCAAUGAAGAUCAGGGUGAAAAAAUUAAACAGAAUGUGGAUUUGAAACAAAAAAAGCCACAAAAUAAGAAGAUAAACAACUUUCUUGACAAGCUAGAUCUUGACCCAUGUUUGAAGGAUUAUGUCAAUUUUGGAUGUGAAGAUGUCAGCAAAUUGGAGAAGCACUUGACAAAAAAAUUAGAAGCUGGAGAAUAUGGCCAUGAAAUGGAGAGCUUGAUGUUGAAAUAUCCAGAAAGAUACAACUUUGAUGAUAUAACAGUUGCUGAAUUCCUUAAUGCAGAAAAAAAGGAUAAAAGCUAUAGGACUCUUUUUUAUUCCUUUUGCAGGUCUGAACCAGAACAAUGCGACUGCACGUGGCACUGUAAGGUAUGCAAGCAGUGCCAGGAUUGGAGAUCUUGGCAUUGUUCAAACUGCAACAAAUGUGCAUAUGGCAUAUCAAAUUCCAUAUGUGAAUAUUGUGGCUAUAAGAGUUCUGGAAAAUUUAUUCUUCAGCCUGAUUCAUAUCACACAGAAAAAAUAGAAGCAUAUGAAGGAAUGUAUACUUGUAAUAAAAUAAAAGACCACUGGAAUUUAAAGUUGUCCAUAGAUGAUGUCCCUGAUUGGACAAAAGAGGUGAAAGUUGAUGAUGAAAGUUCAGGAGACUUCAAGCUAAAAGAUUAUAUAAACAGGGAUGACCUUGGAAUAGUUAACCUUUGGGCAUUGGCUAUAGGGUUGUCUGGUAGUGGUCCAAGGAGGCACAUUGGUCGUUUCUUCACUGAGUAUUUUAGAUAUCAAAUUGCAGAAAAUAUUCCUCUGAUUGUGUUACAUUAAUAAAUGUUAUGUAUCUGUAUAGAGAGAAAACAUUUGAAUAGGAGCUACUGGAAAUGUACAUUCUUUUGGGAAAUUGGAUAUUUGUUACAUUUUCUUAGAAAUUUUUUAUUUGUGUUCUAUAGAUUUUUUGUUAUUUAUCAUUCUUUGCUACCACAAAAAAGUGUUUUGUAUAUCAAUUUGCUUACUUCUAUAUAUAUAUAUAUAUAUAUUCUUUACUGUAAGAGCAUGUUGAUUCGUGAAUAAUUAAUAUUAGUGCUAGGAUUUGGUUUAAAAAUUGUAAAUAUUGUGUAGUGUGAAUUUACAUCAAAUUAUUUUAUUUCCAAGCUGGAGUUUUGUUGCAAUGAUGUGGAUCAUCUACAAAAAGUUAUGAGAAAAAUAGAGUGUUCAUUUUUAUGUUUGUGCUAUUUUGUAAAAAUAGCAUUAUUGAUGAUGUAGAUUUAGUUUUGAAAUUUUCCUAGAAAAUUGAGAAUCAGGUUACAGCUAGUGUCUGAGUGAAAACUCUUAUUUUUUUGUAAAUGUAGUCAAUAUCUAAAUAAUGUUCAAGAAAUUAUGUAGCUUUCUGUUAUAAGUACAGCUAGUGCUUCAGUUAUCUAAAUCAUACAUGUUUUUCCGUUUUGAUUUGGUUCUAAUUGUACAGUUUGUACAUGUGGUGUUUUCCUUGAAAAAUUUAGUUUAUUAUUUUGACAUUGAUCUUUGACAAAUAGGUAGUAUAUAUAUAAAGUUGAAGAAGAAAAUUUUAAUGCUUAAGUAAAAUGGUAAUUAUUUUUUUUUUAUAUAAAGCUUGGCAAAAAAGAUUUUUUCAAAAUUUCAAUACAGUUAUAGUGGGUUACUUCCCCUUAAAUUAAUGAUUUGUACAAGGAAUACACAAACAGUGUUCUGCAAAUGGUCCAGCAUGAUAAAUGAUUUGCAAAGUGGUUUUACUACCUUGUUAAUGAGAGGACUUACCGGGUAACCCACAAUUGUAAAUGAUAUUUCAAAAGUUUACACAAGAAGAAACCUUAAUUGGUUACAAUUUCAUUAAAAAUAGAUUUAUUACCAAAGACAUAUAAAACCUGUUUUAGUUUCUUCCAAUGUUAUUGAAAUAUGAUAAUAUAUAUGAGUUAUAAGUUUUGAUUUUAGGUGAAAAUUUCUUGAUAAUAUACAAAUAACUUGUAUGUACAUGGAAUGUUUAUUAUACAUUUCUGUUGUGAACAUUUUAAGCUUUACAUUUGACAUGGCUAAUUUAUUUACAUAAAAAAAAAACUUCACUUUUAU